AUCGGCAGUUGCUAGCCUGUCUGUCUAGGCAGUUGUUUGAAAUGUCUGUUUCUAAUAGUAAUGUCGGAAGUCCAUCGGAUGCUGCUGCUUUUUUGAUGUGGUUAGGAAGUCGGCAAAAUCGAUUAAAACACAGUCGAUUCAUCCUCCAUAUGGAGAUAUGGUAAAGAAAUCCCUAAAGGAGCUUAAGGAUCGUGGUGGUUCAAGCCGUAAAGCCAUUGCUAAAUAUAUAAAGGCCAAUUACAAAGUUGAUGAUCGUGCUGAAAGUCAUCUACGUCGUGCGUUAGUUACUGGUGUCAAGUCGGGCAAGCUUGUUCACACUAAAGGAAUCGGUGCUUCUGGUUCAUUUAAACUUGCGGAUAAAGCUGUCACGCCGAAGAAAUCCUCACGUCCUAAAACUUCGAAGCCGAAAUCCACUCCAAAGAAGAAACCCAGAGAGAAGCAAAAGUUGUCAAACGAAAAUCACCUAAAAGUACAUCUCGUAAACGUGUAGCAUCAAAGCCUAAAACAGUCAAACGAAAAUCAGCUGCUAAACCAAAGAAGGCGAAAUCACCUCGUAAACCAAAAACAGUGAAGCCUAAGAAACCAGUGGCAAAGAAGACUUCAAAGAAAGUUGCCAAGAAGUGAAUGUGGUGUAUCUGUAUGCGUGUAGUUGAUUUUUAUUGCUGUUAUACUACUCGCUUGUACAUGUAUGCGUUUUUCAUACUGGUCCCAUGUACAUAGACCUUCUUUACUGACUACUACUAUUACUACUGUCAUGCGCGACUUUUGAUUUUUCAGAUUGUAUUCAUUGUUAUUUAAUUUUUUUUUAAAAGUUGACACCGGUCAGUAAUGAAAUCGCAAAUUUGAAAGCAUUUACUUAAUCUUUUUUUCCAAAAUUCUACUUCUCGAAAGACUACCAAUAAUUUGAUACUCCUCCAUGAGGUGGUCAUUUCGAAUUCGACGACGAUCCUUGUUGCGGUUGAAUUCUAUUCAUUAGUUCUACAUGUGAAUUUGUUGCUUAGCUAAACUAAACCAAGAGAAAAAAUGAACUACUGUGACCAUCUGGAAUAACUCAGUGAUGAUAACAAAGUUUUCCACCUUCAAUGAUAACAAAUAUUCCAUUACUUACUCGGUUACCGUGUUUACCUCACGAUUGAUGGAUCCACCCAAAAUGCACAUUCUCAGACUGUCAAUCGGAACAUCAGAUCAGAAUUGCACACGAAAAAGUCCAGUCGUGUUUUCGCCAUUUUUCAAAUGUGUAGACGGAGCAGUUUCAAACAGCCUUUUUGACUGUUAUUGAUCUUGUGAAACACUUUUGGACAUCAGCAAAUGGAAUCCGCCAAAUAUGGUGUAGAAAACCAUCAGCAACUUAAUAAUAUGACAAUGAUAAUGAUGACCGGUGUCAGUAUUAUGGUAAUACGCAAAUGGAAUUCUUAUCACAUCAGAUGUUUAACCUCCUUUAUAAACUAAUAUUAGUUAAUUAUUUAUUUUUAUUUUUACAAAGAAAUGUUUGAUGUAUAUGUUGUUAUUUUAGAAAUAGCUAUUAAACUAUGUCCUUAGUUGUGUUUUUCUGUUAAUAGUUGGAUGGAUGGUUGAUUGUUGAAGUUCAACAAUUUUUCUAAAGUGAGAGGUAAUCACUGUUGACAUAUGUGAACUCGGUAGGGACUGAGCGGUAUGAUGUUGAGCAUGAUGUGACCUACAGGUGUCCAGGUUUGACUUCAUGCAGCGUUUUGUUUGCACCCUGUUAUCUAGUUCACACAUAGAACGGUCUUAGGUGCUGUUAGAUAUAUGGCAGUGAUUGUUGCUUUCUGGUCGCCUCCUACACUAUAGAAGGGUAUUUCUCGAGCUAGGCUUGUUAUAAACGAUCUGAGAGCCA